ACGGCACACUGCGUGUACAAUACGAAGAGAUCAUCAUCUGUACGAGACUGAGAUCGUCGUGACGAUGCCUUGCUAAACGGAAGCAACCGGUGCGUCAGGAUGGUCGGCCGUGUGCGCGCCGCUUUCUUCAGCCUGGUGAUUGCCACAUCUCUGUUGCAAUACACACAGCAACAAGGAAGCAGGCAGAGUAGAGAAGUAAUAUUGAACAUCAGUGACGAGCAGAAAAUUCAAUACCUAAAUCAAGAUUUCUAUUCGAAUGCAUAUAAUUAUGGCUAUGAAGUAAGUCCCAACGGGCAAUUUCAUCACGAGGUACGCGGUCCAGACGACAUCACGUAUGGAUGCUAUGGAUAUAUUGAUCCAUUUGGAAAGCUGAAAACAACGUUCUACAUCAGCGAUGGUUGGGGAUAUCGAGUUGUUCAACCAGGAAACUCGGUUGAAUUGUUCCUUCAUGAACACGAACAUCACCACGAAGAUGACACAGGACAACAUCAUCAGGAACAUGAUGAUCAUCACGAUCAUCAUGGGGUGAUUACAGAAUGGGCAAAUCUGUAUUUCCCAGAAAUAUGUAGACAAUUCGAUGGAACGGGUUCAGGAUCAAGCGUCAUACCAAUACCAGGAUAUCCCGGAAUGCCAUCACAACCAGGAUAUCCAGGCAAACCAGGAACUCCUGGUAUACCUGGCACGCCUGGUACGCCUGGUACGCCUGGAACGCCAGGACAACCCGGGUAUCCUGGAACACCACCACAACCUGGCACUCCUGGCACACCUGGAACGCCAGGNNAACCCGGCUACCCUGGAACACCACCACAACCCGGAUACCCAGGCACACCUGGAACACCUGGUACACCGGGAACACCAGGGUAUCCUGGAACACCACCCCAACCUGGAUACCCAGGUAAACCCGGAACACCUGGCACUCCUGGCACACCUGGAACGCCAGGGCAACCCGGCUACCCUGAAACACCACCACAACCCGGAUACCCAGGCACACCUGGAACACCUGGUACACCGGGAACACCGGGAACACCAGGGUAUCCUGGAACACCACCACAACCUGGAUACCCAG